CAGCCCUAAGGCUGUCAAUAAUUUAUAGACACACUGCUGCACUGAAAUAAGUUAAUGAGUAUUCAUUAACCUAUAUCAACAUACAUACAUACAGAGUGGGAGCAUAACCACCACGCAGUUGUUAGGAUAUUUCAUAACUGUUAAUCAGGCUCAAAUGUGUUUUACUUAUCCCCAACUCUAAAAUGGGACACUUGCUUUCAGUUUCCCCUCUCACUUCAAAUAGGAGCAUGAUACAAUGGGUGUUCGGGUAGGGGGGUAGGAGAUGAGACAAACCUAAAAAGUGAUGAAACUGCUUUCACAUUCCAAGUCUGAAAGAGGACGCAGAGGUCUGCCAAGGUUGUUGCAGACAUUACGUGUAAGCCUCAGUACCGAGGGUGACACCUCUCUAAUUUAACUUUUCAAACAGUGAACAAGUCAAAUCAGGAAUGUAGAAGCAGAGGAAAGUUUGAUCUGUGAAUCAGAUGGAGCUAUAGAUAAAAUCAGCAUAUUUGCAUUUGUGUACUGUUAAUGUUUUCCUGCCAAUGCAAAGCAAGCAGGUCCACCUGCAAUACUUCUGUGCCUUUGGCAGAUAAACGUCCUUCCACUGAUCUUGCUUGUGAUUGGCUGCUGCAGUCUGGUUUUUUUUUGCAACUUGGAUCACUUUUCACCUGUGCAGUUGUUCCCACGCCCAGUGUGUACAUAAACCCGCUAUUGUCUCAAUCUCUCUCUCUCUCUCUCUCUCUCUCUCUCUCUCUCUCUCUCUCUCUCUCUCUCUCUCUCUCUCUCUCUCUCUCUCUCUCUCUCUCUCUCUCUGCCAUUUCCCUUAUCACUCCUGCGCUCAUCGCACGCCAGACCCGGGCAUGUGGAAAGAUGGCAGCUGCCGCUACCAUCUCUGUGGAAGAAGACCAGUUGUGCUGUCCCGUGUGCUUGGAGGUGCUGAGGGAUCCAGUGACCAUUCCCUGUGGUCACAGCUACUGCAUGGACUGCAUCAAAGGAUACUGGCGGAAGACAGAGCAGAAAGUGGGCUACACCUGCCCCCAGUGCCGGCGGAGCUUCAGUCCCCGGCCCAUGCUCGCCCGUAACACCCUGCUCGCUGGCCUGGUGGAGAAACUGAGGGACGUAGGCCCCCGUAAUUCCUCGCCCGCAGAGUGCGAGGCGUGCGGUGGGCGGAAACGAAGAGGCGCAAAAUCAUGUGCGAAGUGUUUAUCCUCCCACUGCGAGGCGCACCCAAAGCCGCACGGCGAGCGAGAGCGCGGCCGACCGCACAAGCUGCAGGCGCUGAGGAGGGCGUGCGUGCAGCACCGCAGGCCAGCGGAGCUCUACUGUCACACGGACCAGCAGCUCAUCUGCUCCCUGUGCACGGCGGACGGACACAGUGGGCACCGCGCCGUAACCGCCGCAGAAGAGAGGGCUGAGAAGCAGAGGCAACUGGAGGAGGCCCUGAGGAGAUCAAAACAGAGGAACAAGGAGAAGGAAAAAGAGCUGAGAAAUACUAUGAAAUAUGUCAAGGUAGGUGCUUCAUACUGGUGACCUGUGACUGAACUGAACUGAAGUAGUCUAAGUAGGCCUACUGUACAUCACUAACCAAAGUGAAGUACUCCCUUUCAAACUACUUUGUAUUAAUAAACACAUCAGAUCCUGUGAAAGUAUGUCACUGCAACAGGGGUAUUUCUGUAAGCUGAAUAUAAGUUACAUAGCCAACUUAAAAAACAAAAAAACCCAACAACAACAAAAAAAAACCUCCAGGGUAGUUCUAACAUAACAGUAUUAUAAUGCUCCUUGGUGACGUAUUAUGACUAUAGCAAUGUGUUUCUUUGGCCCAACCUCCAAAAAACUCGAUACAGUAUUAACACACACACACUUCAAACUACUUCUCCUUACAUAGCUUUAUUACAUCCUUACUUUCUGUCCCACAAGCCUUUCCAAUCUCAAGCAUGCAGUUCCAAAUAUUCGACUCUCAAUGGGACAGGGGUCUACCAAAGCAAAAAUCCUGUUGUCUUGUCUGUAGGACUACACGUUAGACAGGUUUUACAGUCUCAUGACAGUUGAACUCUGGAACUCCCUCUCACGUUACUGUCAUGACCUCCCCAUCCGGUUUUCUUCACAGUGCAAUUCCUCUCCCGGUGUUGCUGCCAGACCCUGCCGUCACGCGUUUUAUUUUCCGUAGCGUGUAGCUGCACGCAGUGGCUGGGUAUCAGGAUACCUUUUAUGAUUUUUGCUGUCUGAUUGAUCGAUAAAGGACCUUUAUAGGAAAGGUGCUAAAUACGAACAAAUAACGGCAAUACUGAAAACUAUCGUCGCCGUCGUUACUAACAACCACAAAUUCUUGCUUCAUUACAAACCCCAAUGAGUAUUGGCUCCGGCCUAACGUCCCACGUGGC